GACUCAUUGCUCAGCCUCCUACUGGCCUAGUAAGGGCUUGGUGCCCUAGAGCCUGGCAGGCUGUCACAGGCAUGUAUAAAAGCAUGCUAAUCCAGUCCGUGGCACUAUACCUGUUGCUGUCCACUGCUGUACGAUGCUGGGAGGCUUGGGGAAGCUGGCGGCUGAGGGCCUGGCCCACCGCACUGAGAAAGCCACUGAGGGAGCAGUUCACGCAGUGGAGGAGGUGGUGAAGGAAGUGGUGGACCACGCCAAGGAGGUUGGAGAGAAGGCCCUUACCGAUGCCCUAAAGAAAGCCCAAGAAUCAGGGGACAGAGUGGUGAAGGAGGUGACCGAGAAGGUGACCCACACCGUCACUGAUGCUGUUACCCAUGCUGCAGAAGGCCUGGGUAGACUGGGACAGUGAGCCUGCCUACCACCAUCCUGGCCUUUCCUGAAUGUCAAUAAAAAGCCUGCAAUGUGAACAGA